AUGCCUCCUUUAUCCUCAGCUUCAUCUUCGUCAUCUUCACCACGCAGACCGGCUUCAGUCUGCUUCAGUCGGGUNGAGCCCGUCGAUCUGGACUACCUUUCGAUCAAGAUCGACUACAGUGACGCCUCCUUCAUCCUCAGCUUCAUCUUCGUCAUCUUCACCACACAGACCGGUUUCAGUCUGCUGCAGUCGGGCUUCGUCCGGCGGAAGAACCAGGUGACCAUUAUGCUGAUGACCACCUUCAACCCGAUAAUCACUGGUCUUACCUACUGGAUCCUCGCCUACGCCCUCACGGAGACCUCCUCCGCGCUGACGACGCCCAACGAGUUCAUCGGCCUGGGCUCCUUCCUCGCCGACUCGAUCGCCCCGGAGAUGGGCCAGCUCUUCGCCAGCUACACCUUCCGCUUGUCCACCAUGCUGACGGCCUCGAACGUCCUGCUGGGCGCCUGUGCCGAGCGGAUCAGCUUCAUCGCCUACUUCCUCUACCUGACGGCGAUGGCGGUCGCCUUUGCCCUUCCCAGCUACUGGGUCAGCUCUUCGGCCGGUUUCCUCCACCGGGUGGGCGCCGUGGACAUUGCCGGCUGCAGCUUCAUCCACCUGGCCGGCGGGACAGCCGGGCUGGUGGCCACGGUGAUGUUGAGGCCGAGGUCGGGGCGGUUCGACUAUCCGCUGGAGCCAUUUGAGAUGUGCGAUCCGACGAAUGCGCUCCUGGGCACAUAUAUGCUUUGGUGGGGCUGGGUGGGCUUUCACAUGUCCGCCACCUUUGGCGUCUCCAACAAUCGCUGGAUGUACUGUACACG